UAACCCUUGCUGCCAUCUGCUAACAACUAGCCCGGAAGCAUUCAUCUCUCGAUCCUGACGAGGUCUACUUGCCAUCAGUCGUCUGUCAGCUUUGAUUUGGCUUUCGGGUACAAGGUAUCUCGAGAUCGUCAAAAACCCUCAGUAACACCUGGUACAUACCUCAACUACACCAACCACUGUUGGUAACGGUAAUUUCUGGAAGGAUUCCCGUUCGUCCAGAUUCUCAGAUCUGUCACUUUUAACAUCCACGUUUGCACUCUGAACUUUCUAACGGCACAUCGUCUUGUCUUACGUCAACACAGUCGUGAGGACAAGAAUGCAAUCGAGAUGUGCCAUCCCUCCUCUGGUUCGAGCCGCCGUUGCCGAGUUUAUUGGCACUUUUGUACUCGUUACUAUUGGCAGCGGUAGUGUAGCUCAGUCGCAGUUGACCGACGGUGAAAAAGGCGACUACUUCACCAUCAACUGGGGAUGGGCUAUAGGAUGUUCUUUAGGAAUCCUCGUAUCGGCUAAAGCAUCAGGUGGCCACCUAAAUCCGGCUGUGACAAUGGCUCUUGCAGUGGGCAAAGAUUUCCCCUGGAAACGGUUACCUGUGUAUUGGUGUGCCCAAUACUUGGGGGCUCUGGUCGCGUCGGGGACAGUCCUAGGAGUCUAUUACGAAGCCAUAGCCAUGUACAAGGUUGACGGCCAAUUCCGAAUAAACGCAAAUGCUUCCGAGCCAGGUUCAGCCGCCAUUUUUGCCAACUAUCCAGCUGCACAUUCCUCGGUUAUCACCGGCCUUAUCGAAGAGAUUUUGUGUACCACGAUAUUCAUGCUCGUCAUUUGCGUCGUGACCAACCCGAAACAUUUGAAAGUACCUAGUUACUUGCAGCCACUUUACAUCGGCUUCACCUUGUUGGCAGUUGGCGUGGCUUAUGGAUCCAAUGGAGGCUACGCCUUGAACCCGGCUCGAGAUCUGGCUCCACGAUUGGUUUCGUAUCUUGGUGGAUGGGGAAAACGAGUGUUUAGCUUCCGUGGUUACAAUUGGUUUUGGAUUUUUCUUGUUGGACCACACGUGGGAGCUAUUCUUGGAGUCGGCAUAUUUCAUUUCCUCAUCUUGGAAAAAGACCAGACUCCGGAAACAACGAACGAAAUAAAUAGCUCACAAGCGCCAAUCAUCGAAUACGAAUAUCAAAUGGACAAUGGGCUGGACAACAAGCAGAACUUCAAUAAACUACUUGAGCGACGAUUACCUUAUCGCAAUGGUGAAAAUGCUGGGAGCAACAUCACACAAAUUUGAAAAACGAGUUUUUACCUUGUUGCUUUUCGUAACCUCAAUAUUUUAUAAUAACUGAUUCGCGUCGAACUAUUCUUGUGAUAUGUCAAAUUUUAUCCGGUUUGAAUUUUCUUUUACGAUGUUGAAUCGGCCCUGGAGCAAAAUAUUUUCAUUUUAUUAUUUAUGAAUAUGUAACUCAAAUUAUUUCAUUGCUAGUGGAUAUUGCCCGAAUUCGUUCAACCAGUUUCUUG